CUUGGUAAGUGCCGGAGUGUUCAAGAGUUUGAGAAACUCAACAGACUCGGCGAGGGCACCUAUGGCAUAGUUUAUCGAGCCAGAGACACACGGUCCGGAGAGAUUGUUGCACUCAAGAAGAUGAGGAUGGAUCGGGAGAAGGAUGGACUGCCAUCAGUGGGCUACGUGAAGUGCAUCAUGCUGCAGGUGUUCAAUGGGCUGGAAUAUCUCCAUGACAACUUCAUCAUCCACAGGGACCUGAAGGUUUCCAACCUCCUCAUGACAGACAAGGGCUGCAUCAAGAUUGCUGACUUUGGUCUUGCCAGAACAUUUGGACUGCCCCCCAAGCCUAUGACCCCCAGAGUUGUGACCCUCUGGUAUAGGUCACCUGAACUGCUGCUGGGGGCCAAGACACAGACUACUGCUGUAGAUAUGUGGGCUGCUGGUUGUAUAUUUGGGGAGCUCCUGGCCCAUAAGCCUUUGCUUCCAGGCAGAUCAGAAAUCCACCAACUGGAACUUAUUGUGGAACUGCUAGGUACCCCAAGUGAAGCCAUCUGGCCUGGAUUCUCCCAGCUGCCAGCAUUAGAACAGAUCAGCCUGAAGAAGCAGCCCUACAACAACCUAAAACAUCGCUUCCCUUGGCUGUCUGAAGCUGGACUCAGACUUCUGAACUUCCUCUUCAUGUAUGAUCCUAAGAAAAGGGGCAGUGCAGAAGAGUGUAUGAAAAGUUCCUACUUCAAAGAGAAGCCCCUCCCCACAGAGCCUGAGCUGAUGCCCACCUUCCCUCACCACAGGAACAGGAGAAGAAGUGUGCAGAGACCAGAGGCCAGACCGAAGGAUCAGGAUACAGCCUACAAAAGACCGGAUUUUGGACAAGCUUUCUCCUCCCCAGCAAAGAAGAUGAAGCUAUGACCAUUGACCAUCAACAAAAUGCACAGACAUAGUGGCUGCAUAUCACCCAUGUUAGGCAAUACACAUCACAGCUCAGGCUGCCAUGCCCUGGAACAAUUUGUGAGCUGUUAGGUGAUAAAUCAGUGACUUGUGUUCUAUAAUGGAUGGAGAAAUAUGACAAGCUCAGCAGGUUAAUCAGCAUCCUUAGAAUUCAAACACUGUGUAGGAAGUGUACAAAAGACAAAUCAUAUAUAGUGGCAUUACCCAGAAUAAAGAAGGAACAUAUUUAUGCACAAUGUGUGGCACACUAAAUCUGAACCUAAGAAUCUAUAAAGAAUUAUACUCCUAUGUUGUUAGCGCUAGAGCUGUAUACAAAACAAUUUGUGUCAUAACAUGUUUGUAAUGUCUUGAGAAUUGUGGAACACAGGCAUGCUGUGAC